AUGCAUAAUCUUACUGAGAAGAAUUUUAUACUGAGUAUUGGAGAAAUAGGAGCGACGGCUGCUAGUAAUUCUCCAUUCUACGAUGAAACUUAUAUUAACAUUGAUUAUAAGAAAAGAAAUGAGAAAAGGAAUACGACUACGGGCAUUCCUAUUAGCGCUAGUGUUGACUCAAUAGGAGCCAAGAACUGAGGUAUCAUAGAAAACAGCCCUGUCGCAGAAAGUUUCAUUACUACAUUUGGACUAGAUCUUUUUAAAUGCCCUGGUUCUACGGAUUGGAACAUUGGUGGAGCUCAAGCGUCAGCAGAGUAUAACAGUCUAGAAGUGCAUAUAUAAAAAAGUGAAUUCUGAGUUCUGGGUGCAAGACCGACACUGAGAUAUCUGACGCCAUAAAAUCAAAAUUAGUCACCAUUGCUCUUACUGGGACAUUCUUUGACAUAGAGGAUUAUGAUUCUCCGAUCCAUGCUACUUUAUCCAACGAUUUUCAGUAUUCGUUUUUACCUAAUUCAAUCUCUGAAGUGACCAUUAAGAUUAGAGUGAAUGAAGCUGAGGACUGGAAUAACAGAUUAUACCACUUUGGAGCAACUAAUUAUGAGUUCAUCUCUGUUGACAGUGUCUAUCAGCACUAUUUCCCAGAUGAUGGCAGUGGCGAUCUUAUGAGAAUUAAGUUCGUAAUCGAUAAUAAAUAUCAGCAAACUGAGAGAAGGAUAUACACCUUUUAUGAUAUGGUCGGAGUAACGGGUGGAUUUUUUGGAGCUAUGCUAGGAUUGGCUUCGAUAGUAGCAAGAUUUGCAACAGAAAGAGCUUAUAGUAUGGCAUUGCUCAACCAAUUUUAUCAAGUAGAGACUAAUACUAGCCAGGACGAAACUCCUCAACCUCCUAGAAAAAGUGACCGCCAGCUUGCAUAUACUGAGGAGAAGAAACUUUAUGAAAAAGGAGAGCAUGAGCAUUAUUACACAGAACAGCAAAAGAAUGAGGAGUCACAAGAGCAGAGAGAAGAAGUAGUCGCUCAAUUAAAACUAAAGCUAUCAAAGACUAAUUGGUACACUUUCAAUUGGAAAUAACAGUCUUUACAACACUAUUUGAGCUAAAUUAUUCUGAUGCAGAAGAAAGCACAGGCGUCAAACAGCUAUGGAGCAGAAUUAUCAAAGCUAUAUUGAUGGAAAUGAGAAAAUCAGCCAUGAGCUUGAUCUGAUCACCAUAAUACAUACUAUGAGGAAAGCUGAAAUUAUAGGAAAACUCCUUGUUGAUAAGCACCAAGAGAAAUUGAUUGAAAACCACCCUAUUAACCAUAUUUAUCCUCAUAAUUUGGAUCUAUCAGAUUACCCGAAGAAGCCAGAUCCUCCUGAGGAGAUAGAGGAUCUGAUUGAUGGAAUAGACGAUCUCAAGAACCAGAAGGACUUCAAUUAUGGAGAUAGGAUCACAAAGAAAUUAGUUGACGAUAUCCUUGGCGUAAAAGAACCUAUUUUUGAGAGGAAUGAGUCAGUACACUUCAAACAACAGUUGAGUCAAGAUGAAAACGCUCCAGAUUUAUCUGAUCCACCACCAGUCCAAAAUAUAUAUCCUGGAUAUAAGAAGUAGAU